AGCAAGUAUUAUCAUACGGUCAUAAUAACUACUCCGUCCUGUCAGUUCUAUUUCAGCCCGUCUGAAAGACAACUGUCAUAAUGGCUUCGUUACGCGACCGCCUCGCCUACCAGCCACAACCCCUCAAGUUCGGCACGAGUGGCCGCCGCGGGGAAGUGAUCCAUCUGACCCAGCUGGAGAUCUACACCAACGUCCUGGCGGAAAUCCAAUACUUGCUCUCCCUCCCACUCAGUGAGGGGGGUAUCCGUGCUGGCGAUGACUUUUACUAUGCCUAUGAUCUCCGUCCCAGCUCCACGCAGUAUGUCGAGAACGGCCGUGGCGCCCUGUGUCAAGCAGUCCAACAGGCCGUGCAGGAUGGCGGCAUGAAUCCUAAGAACCUUGGCGCGAUUCCCACCCCGGCCCUCACCUACUAUGCGCUCAAGCAUGGCAAGGGCAGUAUCAUGGUGACGGGCAGUCAUAUCCCUUUCGACCGAAACGGGUACAAGCUCAACACGUCCAAGGGAGAGUUGCUCAAACGAAACGAAGCACCCAUCAACCAGGCCGUAGAACGCGUUCGUGAGCAACUCUUAUCACAGCCAUUCGCCGAAUCCAUCUUCAACGAGCAAGGCGUCUUCCGCAACCCGCCUCAGAGUCUUCUCCCCGUUCUUCCCGAGGGACGAAGCUCGUACAUCCAGCGCUAUCUGGAUUUCUUCCAAGGCGAAACGCUCCAGGGAAUGAAGCUGCUCGCCUACCAACACUCGGCUGUCGGUCGUGAUCUCCUGGUCGAAGUCUUCGAGCAACUGGGCGCGGAAGUGACCCCCGCCGGCCGCAGCGACACGUUUGUGCCCAUCGACACGGAAGCCAUUGACCAGGCCCAACUGGACACCCUCGAGAAGCUAUGCCACGGAACCGGCAAGAAGUUCGACGCAAUCAUUUCCACCGACGGCGACAGCGAUCGCCCACUCCUGGUGGCACCCGACGGAGACAAACUGCGCUUCUUCGGCGGAGAUCUGCUGGGGAUGAUCGUGGCGCAAUUCCUGGGUGUCGAUGCCGCGGUGGUUCCCAUCAGCAGCAACGACGCGAUCGACCGCGGCCCGCUCGCCGAGGUCACCGAGCCCAAGACGAAGAUCGGCAGCCCCUACGUAAUCGAAGGCAUGCAGCGCGCCGCCUUGAAGGGCCGCAACCGCGUCUGCGGCUGGGAAGCCAACGGAGGCUUCCUGACCGGCUCCGACAUCGACCGCAACGGCCGACUCCUGACGGCACUGCCCACACGCGACGCCAUCCUCCCCUUACUCUGCACCUUAUUCGCCGCGAAGCAGCGCCAGAUCACCCUCCCGGAGCUCUUCGCGACCCUGCCCAACCGCUUCAGCCGCGCCGCCCUGAUCCGCAACUUCCCCCGUCCCACAAGCAUGAAGAUCAUUCAGCGCUUCUCGCCCUCGCAGUCCCUCGCCCAGGAGGUCUCGUACAACUCCGACGGUACCGCGGUUGCCCACGACGCCGACCGUGCCGCCGUCGACAUCACAGACGGAGACCUCAAGCAGCUCGACCAGAUCCGCCGCGAACUCCAGGCCGUCUUCGCGAGCACAUCCGGGUUCUCCCCGAUCGCCCGUCUAAACUACACCGACGGCGUCCGGAUUAUCUUUGCCAACGGCGAUGUCGCUCAUUUCCGGCCAUCGGGCAACGCGGAUGAGCUUCGUAUUUAUGCGGUUGCUGACUCGCAGGAACGGGCUGAUGCGAUUGCGGAGCAGGGCGUGGCGGAGCCGGCGGGGCUUUUGCGGUCUUUGGAGCGCUUGGUUUAGGGUCUUGGCUUGUUGGUUGCUUAUCAUGGCUACUAUCCAAGAUGUAUGCGCUCGUCGUUAUCAGACCACGUCAGUUCACAGUCAAC